GCAAGGGGACGGUUACGGCUCUAUUAGUGUACGUUGCUACACAUGCACGUUACUUUAAAUUGCGUUUAGGACAGUAACAAUUUAAAACAAUUUUAGCAUGUUUUGUGAGCGGUUUUCGUUAGUGUUAUUGUUAAGGUGCAACUACAGCGUCGGUCUUUUCGCGGCAAUGUAAGUCGGUUGCCGUUUGCGUAUGGUAUGUACGGUGCUUGGUCUUUUCUGUUUCUGCUGGCUGCGGUAAGCUGCGUAGCCGCCAGCGAGUUUCCAGAAAGAGAGUGUUGUGAUCCCGAAUAUCCACCAGCGCUGCCUACGAUCCCCAGUACUACGGUCAUCACUUCCACUGACCGUUCAGGUCCCAAUUUAAAAACUGCGAUUGCGAUUCUCAACUGUCUGCUCGCUCGGCAACUGUGCUUCGAAGAUCCCUCUUGCUCAGCUAUUCUGGAAAUUAUUCCGCGAGUUUGUGGACCGGAAUUAGUUGCAUGCUCCACCGUCACGGUGACGAAGUGUCAGGCAGCACUUCGGACCCUGCAAGCAUUUCCAUUCUUCAAACCAACAUGCCUGUGCCGAGAACCGCACGUGGACCCAGAAUGCAAUUCCUUUCGAGAUUUUCUCUUCGACCAUCCUUGCGUAUUCGUCCUCAAAAAAGAAAAGGAUCCGUACCCAGUAGACGCGCUGCCAACAUGCAAUCACGCUUUAUCGGUGUGCAGCCAAGAAAGAAAAUGUAUCAAACUGUUCGAAGAUUUCAAAUUGAAUUGCAAGGUGCGAGAUAACAAAUGUCGAAUGGAGGAUAGAAAUCUGUGUCACGAUUCAUGGGCGAAUUUACGUCGAUCUCCGAUGUUUGGCUGUAUCUGUCCCAACAACAACAUGAAACGAAGAUGCGAUCGUAUUUUCAGCGUGGUAAACCACAAUCCGUGUGUAGACUAUUUUCUACUAUUUUCUGGCCCAGACGUAACAAACUCUAUACAAACUGACAGUGUCCUUAAUAAACAACCUUCCGUCAAUUUUCCAUCCUUCAUACUUCCCCCAAAGGCACAUCCAACGCACGGCAAUUCACACGUCCACGACACAAACCGCACGCAGCGCACAGGCACUGUCACAAGCACAGGCACUGAUUUUCACGCACCCUUAGAAGAGACGCUCAUCACAUCCUUACAGAUUCCAGAGCUCGUCGGCCCGGGAGUACUGGACUUCUUUUCAGUUAAGGUGAUUUCAGCCCAGGACAAUACGUCUGCUGCCUCAUUUGACUACGGCAUAGCCAAUUCCGUAGUUGAAAACCCGCUAGUAGACGCGGUCAACGGGCUGGAGGCACACUCUAACACCGAUCACAUUAGCGUGAGCGUACUAAAGAGCAAGGGCAAACAGUUCAAUUUCUCGAACAUCUCUUACGAUGAGGACAUGGAUAACAAGCUCGCCUUCCAGAACGGUCAUCGCAAAUACCCAAGUUCAACUGAUCACGGUCGUUCGGAAAUGAAUGAAAUUGCAAAGACGAUAUUUCAAAGUACGUGCCACUUAGCUAUGGAGAGUUGUAAUAACAAUUACAACUGUAGAAUGGCCAUGGCGCCAAUAUUACAUCACUGCGAUCUUUCUAGAUGUAACCGAAACUCUUGCAUGGAAGCUUUGCAGGCGUUUUAUAGAAAAACCUCGUUCCCUUGGAACUUAGAAAUCGCAUUCUGCUUGUGCAAGAAAACUGACAAUAAACAAGAUACAUGUAUGCUGGCACAGCAAAGAUUACACCCCGUUUGUGCACAAAGAAUUGAAGGGUCUCCUCAACCUACUUGCCUUUCAGUGGCCGAAGUAUGUCGCGAAGAUAAAGAGUGCAGAUCUAGAUUGGAGUACUACGAGCAGUCUUGCGCCGUAGACAGUGUCACGAAAAAAUGUGCAGGACCCCCAUCGGAGUGCAGGGCUGCAAUGUUGGGCAUACUGGGAACAGACUUGCGAACAACUUGCGCUUGCAAAGGAACAGAUAUGACCCAAUUAUAUGAGUGCUUAGGCUGGCAAAGGCUCCUCUGGGUUAAUCCCUGCGUAGGGUACAAUAUUCCACUUUUAUUGAGAGGACGGCUAAUGUGCUUACAAUAAUGAAAAACUCAUUGGACCACUCAAAAUGAGAAUACUUUCGACAUAAUUUGUUUUUUUUACUUC